CACUUCACACAUCUGUAAUAUAAGACUUCCAAGUUUGGAAAACGCAACUCUGGCAAAGCCAAAACACGUUACUAUUACUAUCAUAGGGUACCCUUUUUCCCUCUACUUCAAACCAUUCUAAAUAUAUUAACUAACUCCCACACUCUUCAUUGCUCUUCUUCCAUUCUCUUAUUCCUCACCAUGCAAAUCAUCAAGGGCAAGCGCACCAAGCGUCAAAGGCUUCCUUCCCCACUUAGGUUAACCAUGUCAACAUGUUCCACCGACAACUCCGCAGGUUUUGACCCUCCGACAACCUCGAAUGAAUUAAGGAGCGAAGAGGAUGAAGACCUGGCCAAUUGUUUGAUUCUCUUGGCUCGAGGCCAUAACACUCCAAAACCCUCACACACCAAGGAAUCGGGGCUAUAUGUUUACGAGUGCAAGACUUGUAACCGAUGCUUCCCUUCGUUUCAAGCCCUCGGGGGCCACCGAGCCAGCCACAAGAGAUUUUCCAAGCCUGGUGCAGAAGAAAAGCAAGGACUAGUUCAUAGCAGUAAUAGUAAUCACGAUGAUUUUUGUGUACCCACAAGCACCACCCUCACCUUACAAUUAUCAACGGUUUUGUAUAAUAGCAGCAACAGCACUAUUACUGCCAAAUCUAGGGUUCAUGAGUGUUCCAUAUGUGGGGCAGAGUUCUCAUCUGGGCAAGCCUUGGGGGGGCACAUGAGAAGGCACAGAAAUUUUCUGAGUUCACCUUCGGGUGGGGCAAUUGCAUAUGGUGGUGAUGGAAUCGUUGAAAUCCCAGAAAGCAAGAAACAGAAAGAUGGUUUGAACUUGGACUUGAAUCUUCCGGCACCUGAGGAUGAUCAUCACAGAGAAUCCAACCUGUUUCCUUUUCAGUCCAAGGAAAAAGUCAUUGUCUUCUCUGCAACUUCUUUGGUGGAUUGCCAUUACUGAAAGCUCAACUCUGUCUUUACUGUUAAUUAACCUUCAUUAUUGCUAUUUUUUUUUUUCUUACGUUUAGCCAUGUAACAACCAAUUGUUCAUUCUUUGCAUUCAUUCAAUGAUAUGUACACUAUUAAAUUUGAAUUUAUU